CCUUUCUAAGCGCAAGGCCAACAACAUGUCUCCCCACGAAAACCACCUACGCCUCCAAGCCUUCCGCUGCAACCGCUGGGGCGAUCUCCACCGACUCGCCGGCUGCCUCCACAUCAUCUCCACCCCAGCCCCCGACGAAGGAUCCAACAGCGAGCAAUGCGGCACUAACUGUGUAGUCGACGGCGCGCCGAAAAUAGCCCUGGCGCCCUUCCUCUGUCUCCAGUGCUUGGAGGAGCACUUCAUCAGCCAGUAUGUCGCGAUCCAGGACAAGUUCACUGACGAGCACCCUGGCAUCGCGUGGCCGGUGGACGAUGCGGCGAAUAUCGCGAAUAUCGAGAAGAUCAAGGAGAUUGCGUGGGAAGCUGGGGUCUAUAUUCGUGAGCGCGUCCCCGAGGUUCGUGAGCCCAAGCCGUAUUCGGGACCGCCGCUGACCGUUGCUCUCGAUGUAGACACUACCGCUGGUAUCUCGGGCGGAGGCGGCGACGCAGCUGAUGAGGGAGACUCCGACGGCGAGCCUGACGUGGGAGAGCGGCGAGACGGGGUCGCUAUUGGCCGCGAUGGCGAGCUGGAGUUCCAGGGUGUGUCGUUUCCGAUGGAGAUGCCGCAGCUGGAGGGACUCUUUGGCGCCUUGCUGCUGGUGGCUGAGAUCGAGAAGCUUGAGGCGGAGCAGAAGGAAGUGGCCUCGGGAGCGCGGGCGGAUGCUUUCAUUGAGGAGAUGGUCUCGAACCUCCAGGCGGAGGUCAAGACGCUCGAACAUGUCCAAACUAAGGCAAGUAAGAAGCGGGCAGAGGCAGCGUCGAGGGGUCAACUCAUUAUAAAGACAUCGAUCGAGGUAUCCCGGCUCGGAGAGACUUAG